AGUAUGGGUUAGGUGAAAUUUAUUUAUUUUAUUAGUGAAAAACAGAAAAUAAAAUAGUUUUUAAAAGUUGUUUAGGUGAUGGAUUUACAUUUAAUUUCCAGACUCCAGGGUUAAUAUCGACAUCUUAAUCAUAAGCGAAUUGCAAAUGGUGUCGUCUUGUGUCACCAUUGAGUAUCGAGGACCAGGAGAACUGGAUGGAGCCGGGAUUCCGUUGUUGGCAUUUUUAGCGUCUAAGGCGAAUUCCGUGCCGUCCGGAAAGCCGUUCUUUCUCAGCGAUAUACGCAGUUAUUUGCAGCAGCAGCAUGAUACCAGCGUCCCGCAAGAUUUCUGCUUCGCUACCAAAACCCUAGCGCGAGUUCGUAAAGAGGAUGAACCACUUUUGUCCUGGUUGGAUAUUAUCACCGAUGACGGACGGAUUUUCAUAUCGUGCAGUGAUGACUGGGACAUAUGCUUCAUCCGUAACCAGAAGGCACAGACGUUAGGAGCUGUCAGUUUGAUUCUGACGAAAAAGCUGAAAUGCUUACGAAGCCUGUUAGAAACGGAGAUUCUGCCUAAGGGAUUGCUGCUGAUGCACUUCGUCCGGUCCAACGGUGCCCCUGUUCUUGCACAAGAAGAAGAGCAUCUGUGUAUUCUGAACAUCAUUAGCCGUUCCCGAAUGAUAUCGGUUCACACUCAAAAAAGCCGCAUUUUGUCGCCUGAUCUGUCCACGACGUCUGAGGAAAAAUCACCGAAUUUGCAGUGCCACGAUGUUGUUGAUUAUCAACCGGAUUUACCAGGGACUUCGACUCACCGAUCUCCUGUAAAAUUACCGCAGUCCAUUUUGCGACAGUGUUCUCAGUUUUCCUCCAAUUCCGGCACCGAGCGCCGAAAGCAUCGAGCGCCGUCGCUGAGUUUUAAGAGCAUUCCGAAUGAUUCCCCACUUACUCAUUCCGCUGCAGCGAAGAAAUAUCUUAUCAGUUAUGUAUCGAAAGAAGCCAAACAAGUGGCUGUUAAACUGAAGAAGGCUUUGGAAAAGCACGAAUGUACCGUAUUUUUGGAUGUUGAUAACAUUCCUGCCGGAGUCGACUGGCAGGACGCGCUGAAUGAAGCGGUUAAACGCUGCGAAGUGUUUGUUCCGCUUGUGACCGAUUCAUAUGGAGAAACAAAAUGGACGAAUCGGGAAGUGAAAUUAGCGGAUGUGAUGCGCAAGAUCAUUGUUCCUGUCAGUAUGAUCCUUGAUUGGCCGCCACCAUCUUUGGCCAUCCAGUUUGCUACUACACAAUUUGUGAAGUGGCGUUCAGAGAACGAUGGAGAUCUUCCUGGUUCAACGCCACCGGAAGUCGAAGACGACCGAGUGCGCAGUGUGGCGCGGGAGGUAAUUGCGGUUUAUCGGGAAAUGUCUGCACAGGUGGCUGCGGCCAAAGAGGUUGCAAUGUGUGGAUUCAUGUCGCCCGUUUCCUUGCAAACUCCUCCGUCAGCGUUUAUGUCGGCUCGAGCGUCUCGUAGAUCGACACUGAGAAGCUAUCCGUAUGAUAUUGGCAACGCGGGACGAAAUCUGGAAACCGUGCGAGAUGCAAUGAAACCCAAAGAAGGACGACCAUUGGUUGUCGUCAUCGCUCAUCCGCAAGAAAAAUUAUUUGUUGAUGGCUUCCGCAGCAGUGUAGGAAGCGGUGUAUACGACGUGUGGUCAACGACAGACGAAGUGCGGGUGUGGCAGGAAACACUGUCUCAGGAAAGCCGAACACCGGUGCAGGAGGAGCCUGCGCCUGUGUUGGCCCGAUUAUCUCAUUUAAGUGCCAGUAGUGGAAGCAGUAUUACGACUUGUUCGUCACUUGGAGAUGAAACGUUAUUUCGUGAGAAAGCCGAUGAAGCAGGAACGGUGAUUGUGAUCCUCUCGAAGGCGUUUGCUGAAAGCAAGCAGUGUAAAAAAUUUAUGUAUUACGUGGAGCACCGGAAGUGGUUAAUUUUCUAUAAGUUCGAAGCUUUUGAGAUGCCAGGUUGGAUGAACUUGAUUGUCGGUUCCAGUCCAGUGGAAUACUGUCACGAAACCGACUUUGACGUCAAAUUACAAAGAAAGCUCAAUCGUGUAUUGGUUGGCCAAGCGGAAUGUCCCGAAAACGUGGCAGUGGAAAUGGGCAUCCAGAUAAAAUUGAAUUUUCUGAAGGAUCGCAAUGUACCACGAGAGCGAACGGUGUAUAUUGCCGCGAGCGGCGGAGUGGUAACGGAAGCCUCAUUGGCUCUCGCUCGCGAUAUCGCCGCGGAACUGGCAAAAGUCCCUCGAUUAUGCAUCGCCACGGGAGGAAACCGUGGUAUCGAAGAAGAGUUGAGUUCGCAUUUCCUCAGAAUGCGCAAAAGCUGCAAAACCAGACUGAAUGUUGAUUGCGUAUUCCACAUUUUUCCUGUUCGUGAUGACAACGAUCCUACGCAGAAUCUUCAGCGGCAUACUCCACCCAGUGCGGCCGUAAACGGAGCGAAAUUUCUUUUUGUUGGGAAAACGCAGCGUGAUACCGCCACUAUUGCCGGGCGAUAUUUCCGAAUAUGUAUCUUGAUUGAUGGAGACAGCCAUGCUGCUCAUUUAGCUACAGAAUCGAAAUGGGAAGGAAACACCGUCCUGCCAGUUGUCAAAACCGGUGGGGCAGCUGGCGGCGAUUAUGAUUUUCGUAUGGAAAAGGCGCCAGCCGAUGUUUCUGAUGCUCACUGGCAGCUACUGCAAUCCUUGGAUGCAUCGGAUCGGGAUCUUGCGAUGACUAUUCGAUUAAUUGUUAAGAAACUGUUUGGCGAGGGGCUGAAGAAAAAGGAAAGCAAAAGUGCACGAACUCCGCUGACCGGGGAGAAGAUUCGCAAAGGUGCGCAGCUAAAAACACCGGUCUCACCGACGCCGUAUGGCUUGCGCUCGGUAAAACGGACAGUGGCCGACUCAUUGGAAAAUGAUCCGGCAGCCGAGUGCAUCCUGGAAGAGGAGGAAGAAGGACCACUGAAAAAGUCGGCAGCCAUGGAUGCUUGAGUUAAUGUUUUGUUUGCUGUUGUUGCAGCGUUUAGUAUGAUUUUGUACAUAUUGUUGAUGCACGGAAAUAAUUUAUUUUUGUUCUCAUGUUUUUGUUGUUGCAUGGUUGGAUUUUUGUCUGACAGAUCUGGAUUUCUGUUCUGUAUUAAUUAUUAGGCAUCUUUUUAUACUGCACGCUGCUUGUACUUCUGUGUGUAUUUUUAUAUUGUAGAAUUUGACGCCAUCUUGUAAUUUAAAAUUAGCAAUAUGUGAUUAGUACUUCUAUUCGUACUGCGCACCGAGUGCGCAAUUUAA